UGCGAUUUGCAAACUAAACGCUGAUACAAACGUGAACUUUGAUCAAUACUACUAAAUAGUAAAAAGUAAUUAAGUGAUCGAGUGUGAAUUAAGACUAUACAGUUCGAAAGGGAAUCCAAAAUGAAGUUGUUGAUUUGUUUCAAUGUGCUGUUGAUCUGCUGGGUGCACGCCGAGGAUGUCCGUCUUUUGGAUUUGGAUCCUCCAGAAGCGCAGUCUAUCAUCGAUAGUAAAGAUCAGACUUUGAAGUAUGCGCCGAAGAUCGAGUCAAAUGUGCCGGCUGUCAGGUAUUUGGGAAAUGAACCGCACCACGUCCAGGAGGAUAUUUACCUUGCCAAUCAGUACCAUGGACAGGACGGCGUUGGGGGUUAUUUGUACGGGUAUUCCGUUCCUGAUAUAGCGAAGACUGAGAAGAAGAAGGCAGGCGGUGAUUUGACCGGAUCUUACAAUUACAUCGCCGGAGACGGACAAGAGAUUAAGGUGCAAUAUUGGGAUAACGGAAAUGGUUUCCACCAGAUCGAUAACGUACCAAAGAUCUUGCCAAAGCAGAUCGACGACAGUCCCGAAGUUAAGGCCGCCAAAGAGGAGCACGCCAGGAUUUGGGCCGCUGAAGCCGAGAGAAACUCGAAGCCUAUUCAGAACCCGUACCCAAGUGCCAAACCUGGAGCGUACGCAGGUCUCGGUGCCGGAGUCGGAGCUGGUGUUGGCGGAUAUUCCGCCGUCAGCGGUUUGAGUCAAGGAGCUCCUAAAUACGGAAGCCCCAGCCUUGGUCCAGGAGGAGCACAACCAGGAUUCGCCGGUAACCCAGGUUACGCUGGACAAUCAGGAAGCUUCGGAUCUUCGGGAGGUUUUGGUGGAUCAAAACCAGGAUUUGGAGGAAGCCAAGGUGGAGCUUUCGGUGGAUCCAAACCAGGAUUCGGUGGAAACCAAGGAGCCUUCGGCGGAAACCAAGGCGCUUUCGGAAGUGGAAAUCAAGGAGGUGCUUUCGGUGGAUCCAAACCAGCAUUCGGAGGAAGCCAAGGUGCCUUCGGAAGUGGAUCUAAACCUGGAUUUGGAGGAGCCGCAGGAUUCGGCAAAUCCAGCCAGAACAACAUCGAUUACAGCGGACAGUACAGCGAGAACCAACAAUCCUUCGCCGCGAAUCCUCAGGCCCAACAGAAGAAUCAAGACGACGGUAGCUGGGACGAGAGUCAAACCGAAGAACCUCAAGGUCCUCCAAAGGGCUUCUUCUACAACAUCGACUACCCGGUUGGCAUCAUCGUUUCCAAGGACGGCCAGCAGAAGAGGGAAUCCCUGUCAGAGGUUUACAACAGUAACAAGGCUCUCUUCGAUCAGCAGCUCAAGGGAGGCGCAGCUGUGCAUGGAGGCGCCACCUACCCCAACUACCAAGUGCACGCUUAAUAAUCCUUAACGUUUUGUGAUAAUUUAUAUUUUCUCUACUUUUCGUCCACAUAUAUUUUAUAUAUAUAUA